GAGCAGCGGCGGGAAACUCAGCUGAUGUAGGAGGAGGUGGGAACGCAUUUGGCGCUCAGUGUGCUGGAGAAGACGGACAGAGAGAGACGCAGAGGACUUCAAGACGAGAAGAAACACUCAACCCCGACCCGAGAACACUUCUGUCACUGUUUAAAGACGAUUAAACACAGGAUGCCCAGCACACGCUCUCAGGGCCAGGCUCAGCCCACGCUGGCGUUCCCUCGCCGCAAAUCCUGCAGAGUUCCCUCAACUCCCAAGACGCCAAAGCUGGAGAAAUCUCCGGCUCCAUCGCCGACCAAACACCUGACCCGGAUCGGGCCGCUCUCUCCGAGGCGUCCUGCUCACCUGCACACUUCUCUCUCACCCAGACAUCCUGCAGUAAAGCCGGCGUCACCUGGCCUCCAGCCACGACUCCCACUCAGCCCCCGCAAACGCACAGGUGAUGAUAACGUCUGUAAUCUUGGUGCCGGCCUGUUGGGUUCACCGCCGAAGCAGAGCAAGCCGUCUGUGUCUUCGCCCCGAAAGCUCGGCUUUGACGAGAACUCUCCGGUGUUGGCUCGCCGUCAGCUGGUUCCCUCCUCGCCACGCCAGCCGCUGUCGCCCACCGCUGGAUCGUCCCCGAGGCGACAGGGAGCGCUCGCUGGAAGCCCGGCACGCCAAAACUCGGGGAAGAAGCUGCCGGUCGCUCGACUCUUUGCAGAAAAGUCGAGGUUUCAGAGCGUGAAGCAGGCGCUGCACACCGCCAUCCCCGAGCGGCUGCUGUCCCGAGAGGCCGAGCGAGCGUCCAUCCGAUCCUUCCUGGAGGAGAAGGUCCUGCAGCGGCUCCCCGGCAGCCUCUACAUCUCCGGAGCUCCAGGGACCGGCAAGACGGCCUGCCUCAACUGUGUGGUGCAGGAGAUGAAGGCCGAGCUGUCGUCCGUUCAGACGGUGGUGGUGAACUGUAUGAGCCUGCGCAGCUCCCACGCCAUCUUCCCGCUGCUGGCCGACAAGCUGAAAGCACCCGGCGGACAGAACGGACUGCAGAGGUUCCUGUCGGCCUCGGGCCCGGCUGUGCUUCUUGUUCUGGACGAGAUGGACCAGCUGGACAGUAAAUCUCAGGACGUCCUCUACACCAUCUUUGAAUGGCCGUACCUGCCCGAGUCUCGCCUCUGCCUCAUCGGUAUCGCCAACGCUCUGGAUCUGACGGACCGGAUCCUGCCCCGGCUGCAGGCCCGGCCUCACUGCCGCCCGCAGCUGUUACACUUCCCUCCUUACAGCCGACAGGAGCUCACCGCCAUCGUGCAGGACAGACUGUCUCAGGCGUCUGCUGACGGGAUCAUGGACGCCUCGGCGGUUCAGUUCUGUGCCAGGAAAGUGUCGGCGGUGUCGGGUGACGCCAGGAAAGCUCUGGACAUCUGCAGGCGAGCUGUGGAGGUUGUGGAGUCUGACGAGAGGAAGAAAACAUCAGACUCAGAAACUGAAACUAAAGCUUCACGGGUCAGCCUUCCGCAGGUUGCGCGGGUUCUGUCGGAGGUGUACGGCGACCGGAUGGCGUCUCAGUGCGGCGGCUCUGAUGGAGAGAGUUUCCCUCUGCAGCAGAAGCUGCUGGUCUGCUGCCUGCUGCUGCUCAUACGCAAGGGAAAGAGCAAAGAGAUCGUCCUCGGGAAGCUCCACGAGGUUUACAGCCGUCUGUGCGCCCAGCAGCAGGUGUCUGCGGUCGGGCAGGGCGAGUGUUUGUCUCUCUGCAGUCUGCUGGAGAGUCGAGGAAUCAUCGCGCUGAAGAAAGCUAAAGAGGCUCGACUCACGAAGGUGUUUCUGAAGAUCGAGGAGAAGGACGUUGAAAACGCUCUGAAGGAUCGAACUCUGCUGGGCAGCAUCCUGGCUGCUGGUCUCCCCUCGUGAUCAUUUAUUUAUUUUUUUAAUCAUUUUUUAAAGUUGAACUCAUGAACCCAGAUUUUCUCAGUGGUUUGGUUUUUUUAAUUCUCAUUUUUGCUGAGAGCUUGUACAGUUAUUUUUAAAUGAAAAAUGUUUACAAGAAGAUUUUUAUAUUCUUUUUUUCCUCCUCUGAUGUUAAAGUUCAGUUCUGAACUCACGUCAGUUAUGAAAUUACAGCGUUUGUUUCAGUUUGGAUUUGAAACGUUUACAUUUUUAAGCUGUAAAUAAACAAAUGUACGGACAUUUUAAUGAA